CAGGAAAAUAGAUACCGAUUGAAAACAUUGAUAACGGAAGUAGUGUCACGCCCACCUCGAUUGUUGUAUUAUGGGAGUAUGAUGACCGGCUGGUGAGGAAAAACGCGAAAUACAGACAUGAAAUGGAAAGUUUGGAUUACACUCUUUUAGGACUAGCUAUACUUUUAUUUGCAGUAUGGUGUUUUAAUUUCUUGUUACAUAUUUUAGCUAUUGUGUAUGGGAAAUGGAAGUUAAGCAGAAAAUUAACACCUGUUAUACCUUUAGAAGAGCUCCCUGGAGUAACGAUUUUAAAACCAGUUGUUGGAGUUGACCCUCAUCUUUAUGAAAAUUUAGAGACAUUCUUCAGCAUAAAAUACCCACAGUAUGAGUUAAUGUUUUGCAUCCAAGAUGAAAUGGAUUCAGCAAUUAUGGUUGUCCAGAGUCUUGUACAGAAAUAUCCUGAUGUGGACAGUAAAAUAUUUAUAGGAGGAAAACAUGUUGGACCUAAUCCAAAAGUAAACAACAUGGCCAUUGGUUAUGAGGCUGCUAAAUAUGAUAUGAUAUUGGUUAGUGAUAGUGGAAUUAAAAUGAAAGAAGAAGCACUUAUGGAUAUGGUUCUUCAUAUGAAGGAAAAUGUUGGUCUUGUUCAUCAAAUGCCUUAUGCAUGCACAAGGAAAGGAUUUUCUUCUCAUAUGGAAAAGAUUUACUUUGCAACCCAACAUGCUAAAAUGUAUUUAACAGCUAAUUUCUUCAACAUAAAUUGUGCUACUGGAAUGUCCUGUCUAAUGAGGAAAAACAUCAUUGAUGAAGUAGGGGGUCUCAAACAUUUUUCACAAUAUUUAGCAGAAGACUUCUUCUUAGCUGAAAUGUUUAUAAACAAAGGUUAUAGAUUAAGAGUUAGUUCAUACACAGCACAACAGAAUGCAGGGGCUUACUCUAUUCCACUGUUGCACAAAAGAUUGACCAGAUGGUGUAAACUUAGGACAUCUAUGACACCUGCCACAAUAUUUUUUGAGCCAUUUUCACAGUGUAUUGUACAAGGCUGUCUGAAUGCCUGGGCCAUGUCCUAUCUGUUUAACUUUACUGGCUCUGUUGUAUUCUUAGUCCAUUGUCUUGUCUGGUUCUUACUAGACUAUAUACUCAUUAGAGUUAUUGAGGGAGGACCAUUACCCUUUUCUAAGUUUGAGUUUCUUGUCGGUUGGAUUAUCAAUGAAGUCACAUAUCCAGGUGUAAUAUUACGAUCACAUUUUGAUCCUAAAAUUGUGUGGAGGAACCAUCAAUUUAAAUUAAAAUGGGGAGGAACCGUGGAAGAACUUCAUAGUAAACAAACCGUAUAAGUGUGUGUGGGUGUGUUAAUCUUUAGAGUGUAAGAAGUUGCUGAUGUGUACACCUGUAGAGUGUUAGGGUGCUGUAGAUGUGUAAAAGUGUUGAAUGUAAGGGAGUUGUAGAUGGUUAAAAGUGUAGAAUGUUAUUGAGUUGUAGAUUGUGAAAAUUUUAAGAAUGUAAAUGUACAAAAUGUAAGGAAGUUGUAGAUGUGUAAAAGUGUACAAUAUUAAGAAAUGUAAAUGUGAACUUCUGAAGAAUGUUAGGAUGCUGUAAGUGUGUAAAAGUGUGAAAUAUAAGGAUGCUGCAGAUGUGUAAAUCUGUAGAGUGUAAGGAGUUUUUUUAUUUAGUUUAUUAUUCUUUUUAAACUUAGAUUUUAAUUAUGGUAAAAUGCUCAUUAAAAAUUGUUAAAUUGUAAGUAAUUGUAUUGUGUAUCAUAGUAUUGUCCGCUUCAUCCUGAUGUUGAGGUUAAAUACUCAUUGUAUCAUGCUUAUAAUUAUUUGGGGGAAUAAGCAAUUGAACUGAACUACCAUUACUGUAUUUGGAUUUUUAUGUACACGUUAAGUGGUUUAUAUCAUUAUUCAUAUUUUAUACCAUUUUAUCUUGCCUUUUCAAUACUCAAAUAUUUUUUUAAUAUGAUAUUUAUCUUGAUAUACAAUUGUAUCCUUGCAACUGGUUUGUUCAUUAAGUUUAACUCUUUAAAUUUGACUGUGACCUUCAUUUUUAUAUAUCAGCAAGGGUUUUAUUAUUUUUACCUUGGCUCUGUUUCUUUUUUUUCAAAUUAGUGAUUUGUCUUAUAAUUCUGGAAUUAUCUAUGAAAUCAGUGUAGGAUAAAUGACAAAACAAUUAAUUUUAUCCCUUUUAGGGUUGUCAAAAAGUGUAAGUUUUAGAUUUUCACGUUAGAUCAAAAUCAUUCACAGUUUCUUAGUUCUUUUAUUAUUGAAUUUAACAAUGUAUACACAAGAAAUUGUAUGAUGCCAAAACUUUUUAUAAUAACGAAUUGUUCUUUUAUUGUUCAAGGUGCUAAUGUUUAAUUUUAUAUUGAUGAAAUUAGUGCAAAGUGUGUGCAAUAUCACAUUCAAAUGUUUUACAGAUAGGUUUUUUUCCUUUAAUGGAUCAGCAUUAUUUUAGUCAGUUGCUAGUAUUUCAUUAUAAUUUUUUUAAAGUAUUCAUGAAUGUAAAAUGUAUAUUUAUAUUAGAUGCAAACCAAUUUGUAUUUACUCUAGUGAAAUCAAAAAAUGUUCUAUAGUUAUAUAAGAUUAAUUUUGAAAAAACAAACAUUUUAACUUCAAAAAGUGUUUAAUUAAAGUAUAAAGGAAUUGUUUCCUAUAAAUUCAUCUCUAAAUGUGAGGACUUUAACUGUACACAAUCCUAGAAUUUAUACAGUUACAAUGUUUUUGUUUUUUUCUGCAACAUAUAAAUGCAAUUAUUUAUUUUAUUUAAUUUAAUAUUUUUUUCAUUUUACAAAUUUAAAUGUAGAAAAAUUCCACUUCAUAUUUUAAUAUGACCAUCUAGUCUCGCAACACAUAAAUGCAAUGUCUUUUUUUCAUUAAAAUUAUUAUAAUUAUCCAAAUCAUUAAUCUAGUCGCAUUUUUUUUUAUACAAAUUUGAAGAAAUUUGCAAAAAAUCUAAAAUCAUGCUCCAUAUUUAUUAAUGUCUAGUUUGGCAACACAUGAAUGCAAUGUCUUUUUACCAUUAAAAUGAUUAUUAUUAUCUAAAAAAUAAAUCUAGUCACAUUGAUUUGUUACGAAUUUGAAUAAAUUUGUAUUAAAUCAUACUUUAUACUGAUAUUAUAAGUCUAGUCUGUUAAUAGUUCUUGCCUGAUAUUAUAACAGUCUGUUAAUAGUUCUUGCCUGAUAUUAUAACAGUCUGUUAAUAGUUCUUGCCUGAUAUUACAACAGGCUGUUAAUAGUUCUUGUCUGAUAUAAUAAAAGUCUGUUAAUAGUUCUUGCCUUUGUUAGUGCUAAUGUGUUCAUGGGGAAGGAGAGUAUAAAUUAAUGGUGCUUUAGGGUGCUAACUGUUUUAAUGUUAGUCUGUAUGUCUGUAAUUUAUGUUCAGCUCAUGAAUGUUCACUUUUUAAUAAUUUCACUUUUUUUUAAUCAACAUAUUUUAGCAUUCCAAUAAUAUGAUUUUAUUUAAAUGAAUCUGUUUACAGGUAGAGGUAUUAAUUUUUAAGGUUGCAUACCCAUUGUAUAAAAUAAUUGUAUUUAGUCAUAUUAAUAACAUAAUAUAACGUUCAAAAGAUUGAGUACUGUGGAUUCAUUAAUUUUCGUGGGUACCAAUUUUCAUGGAUUAAGGAAAACUUGCAUGUUCACGGAUAUUUGAUUUCGUGGUUUUGCCGAAGUCUGCAUACAAGCCAUGAGAAAAUUUGUCAUUUGUUGAACAUUUAAUUUUGUGGUUCAACUGUUUCCACGAAAAUUGGUAUCCAACGAAUAAUAAUGAAUCUACAGUAUUUAUUUUAAAAUUUUAUGUAUGUUUUUUAAUUUUUGUAUCAUCAAUGUCAGUCAUUAUACUCUAAGUUGAAUAGACUGUUUCUAGUUAUGAAUGGAAUAUUUCAUUUAGCAUAUUUAUUUCAUUCCUGUUUUACUAUUCCUUAAUUAUUAUUUUUAUACAUUUUUAAAGUAUUAUUAAUGUAUGUAUUUCAUUUAUUCAUGUAUUUAUUGAGUUACUUAUUUUUUGGAAAGAAGCAUUUUACUGUCCACAUGGUAAAUGUGAAUGACCUGUGUCCAUUCUUUUUUAAUUGUUUUGUAACAUUAUUAUGAUGUAUUUAAAACUUAAAAUGUUAAAAAUUGUUGAUAUAGUGAGUUUUCCAAAGAAUAAAAACUCUUGUACAUGUUAACACCUGUAUGACUGGCCAAAAAAGUUUCAUGGCGUUGAUUAUUUGCUGAAUUUUUUUUAAUAAAUUAUCAAAAUGAUCAGAUCUUGUUUGGCCAUGAUGGGUAUUAAUAUGACAUUUGUAAUUUUUGUUUCACUGUGAUAGUGGAAUCAGUCAUAAACAUUUUUGUAUUAUUUCCAAGUGAUGGUGAUAAGUUAUUUAUUGUUUCACUUUAACAAAGGGGAGAGCAUCUAUGUUGUCUGUUAUACAAAUGUAGGAGAUUGUUCACAAAUUGUUCAAUAUUGGCUUUAAAAUUUCCAAAUAUUUAAGAUUACCAUAGGAUUUGUUGAUAAACAGAUACAUUAACAAUCAAUAAGUUUUUGUUUUUUUCAUCAUAUUUAGUAUAUUGGGGUCUUUUAUAGAAGACUUCAUGGUAAUUUUGACUUGUUAGUUAUUUGUCUCAUUGGCAAUCAUACAACAUCUCCUAAUUUUAUAUAAAAUGAAAUAUUCUUAUCAAUUAAAAUUAUAUCUGGGAAUAUUACUUUUCAACAUUCAAUGCAUUAGGUACUCCUUCAGAAGUUUGCAAAAUAUCUGAAGAUUUGAGUUUACGGUUGAUCACUUUCACUAAGUAAAUUGUAUCAGCUGUUUUAGUGUUUACAUGGUUGAGUAUUGUAGAUGCCUUGAUUUGUUAGAUAAGUUUGAAAUCUUUUAACUUGGGACAUCCACAAUCACACUGUGGAUGUAUAUGAUCUGUCACUUUCCACAUGCUAAAAUUACCAUCAUGGUUUUUUUAAUAAUUUGUAAAAUAAAUCUACAAUUUGUAUGUUUCUCCACGAUAUUGAUAUUAUAAACUUAAAACAUGUAUUUAUGCCAUAUAGUGGGUUAUUUUCACGGAGUGUAAAUUUUUUGCUCAUUUUCAUAUUUUAUUUUAGAACAAAACUGCCAAAAUAAAUUACACCAGUUUUUGCAAAGGUAUUGAUAUAAGUUUUGAAUCUGCCAAAAUAUUUCUUAUACAUUAUUAUAUGAAAAUUGUGAAAAUUUACACCCACGAAAAUAACACGCUACACAGUAUGCCAAAAAUUUAUCUGUAUCAGAUAUCUAAUCUGAAAGAAAUUCUCCACACAUAUUUAAUUUUUGAUUUGAUGGAAUCUCUUAACAUACACAUUUGUUAAAGAUCAUGAUAGAAGUAGACUAUUGUAUUUGUUGUAACAUCUUAUUAUACAUGUACUAUUUUCCUUGAAAUCUCAUGUCAAUUUGUUGUCAUAACAGUACUUAACGUAAAGAUAUUUUAAUAGUAUUAACAUCAUAUAGUAUAGUAUCAAUGUUUAAUAACUAUAAGUUAAUGUGUGAAUUUAAGUUUUGGAUAAUCAAUGGUUGUAUACUAACAUCAUAUUUCUUGUUCACAAGAAUAAACAUGAAAGAACAAA